GCUAGCAGCGCCGGCACCUCGUCGUUCGUCCAAGCCAGCGCCUCCGGGUUCUCGGUUUUAAGCAGCGCGUCGCCGCUAAUGGUGACGGUACGCGCACCGUUGUGCAUAGGUAAUGUGAAAUGCAGACGGAGCUGACGAUCAGUAAGACCAGCAGUGGAUAUGGCGGCGCGCUCGGGCGCUGAAGCCAGCGCCGCGCCGGUGGACGGAGCCAUUCGAGCCAAGUUGGCGGCGGCGUUUCCACGCUGAGGCGCGUCCCCCUGGCGCAGUUGCUGUACAUACACGUAGCCAGUGCUCAGCAUGACUACCAGCAGGAUGAUGAGGAUACCCAGCAAGCUGUCGUCGAUCAUGCCGUCCACCACCUCGGGGCUCUUGGCGCUCAUGGCGAUCUGUCUACUGUCGGAUUACGAUGGAUAAUGAAGCUAGCCACGUGUCACAAACAUGUUCACUUUAGUGACUUGUUUGUUUUUCAAUUAUGGUGAAUAGCAUGCCAUAAUUGAAAUUGAGCAACGAGGAUGAAGGAGGUGGCGGACGGCUGCUUCCAGCAGCUCUACGGCGAGAUCGUGCGCUCCAUGCUGGAGCGUUACCCUUGGCAGGUGGAGGGCGCCGACGCGACGACGCCGACUGCGGAGGAGGAGGCGGCACACCGUGAGGCCGUCAUCAUCAAAUUGGAAUCCAUGGGCUACGACGUAGGAUGUCGCUUUGCUGAGCGUGCAGCCAGAGACCGACCGCGCAUGCUGGAGCCGCUGGACGUGAUCAAAUUCGUGUGCAAGGACUUCUGGAUCGCCAUCUUCAAGAAGCAGAUCGACAAGUUGCAGACCAACCACCGCGGCGUCUUCGUGGUGCAAGACUUCAGUUUCCGCUGGCUGGCAGGGAUCUCUGCGGCCACAGAGCAAGAAACGAGGGAGAUGGCGUUGCUCUUCCUAGUUUUCCCCUGCGGAAUGAUACGAGGCGCACUCGCCAACCUCGGACUCACUGCCAUCGUCAAUGCUGACGUCCCCGACGUCCGCGCGCUUCCUGGAUGUUUAUUUAACAUUAAGCUAAAGCAGGGGUGACCCAUUUCAAGAGUGACAUUGUCCAGGGUACCAACACCCUGAUUCAAUCCCACAGGCCGUUAAUACCCCCACUAUCAAUUUUCGCUUUCUUCUCUCAGCUUUCUUCACUGCCGCUGAGCAAUGUUUGCUUGCCGAAAGUCUCGAUGAACUCGUCCAAUUCGUCCGAAUGACCGCCACGAGCACGGCCCCUCGGCAGCUGAUCCGGACGGUAGAAGUCGAUGAUCAGCACCAGACGCGUCUCAUCUGGAUGGUGGUUGAAUGCGUAGUGCAGUUUGCUGUCGUCAAACACGAUGAACUCUCGCUCAGCGUGGUACGUGGUCUCUCCGCCCACUACCAUAGCACAGCAUGGAUCUCCGUUGGGCAGCCUAGGCACUACGAGAGGAAAGUGGACACGGAGAACAUGAUUGGCCAGGUCCGCCCAGCCACGGUGUGCAGUCAGCGUCGUGUUGGGGCCUAACUUGGAGAACAACGCAGUGCGAAUGUUCGGCAAACUCUUGAGGAUUUCUGCCGUCCGAGGACACAUGGAACACGUGGUAGACACCCACGUCGUCUUGGACGCGUCGUAGGCUGGGAACGUGUAGCAAAACGGGAACACACGCCACUCACUGUCCCCUUCAGUAUAGUGUUUCUCCGGCCAGAACGGCCACGUCGCCAUUUGCUGCACAGCCUGCAUCUCCUCCAGAAUCACAUUGUAAUUAUCCUUCAGCGUGUCAAGUUGUGGGAAUAACUCUUGAUACGGAUAGUAGUUGGGGGCAUCAUCAUCCUGAAUCUCUUCGUCCGAUGAGUAGUCCAAUCCGUCACCAACCCAAUCAGUUACAUGUCGGAUAUCUUCCUCUUCGUCUGUGCUGCAUUCGUCAGUCUUCCGCAGACACAACAAGCGGUAGCCCAUCUGGUCACGACGUAACAAUUCAUAUAGUGGCGAGUGCUCGACGAAGAAAAAGGUCUCGAGCUCCGAAUGGAACUCCUGGGGUGUGAACUGAUGGAUCAACUCGCGGGUGCUGCCUGAGCUGAGUUUCGCACCCAUCGCUGCUUCGUAUGACACCAAUUGCUCCUGUACGAUCUCAAAUAGUGGAGUUUUGUUCUGUGCUGAUGAAAUAGGGGACAGCAACGAAUGUUCCAAGUGAUCCGCUGUCACGUCAGGCGGGAUAAAGUCCGCGACGAACAGAAGUCCUCCAGGCUUGAGCACGCGUGCGAUCUCGUUCACGGCUCUGCCGAGAUUCUGCACCUCCUGCAAGCUUUGAACGGCUACUGCCACGUCCACUGAGUGGGUGAGUAGUCCCUUCAUCCUCUCGCAUGAAUGCUGAUACAGUCGCAGCUUCUUCUCCUGGAACUCAGGCAUCUGCUCUGUGAAGUAGUUCCACACCUCUUUGCUCCGUUCCAGAGCUUGGAUGGAGAUGUCCAGUCCCACAACCUCAGCUUUAGGGUACAGUGUCUGCAGUUCGCACAGACCACCGCCUGCGCCACAGCCCAAGUCCAAGAUCGUAAAGAUCUCGUUGCGUCGCGCGUCGUGCUGCGCAUCGACGUCCAUCAGGUUGUCGUAGAGCUGCAACUGGAACCUGUCGGCCGGGUAUUGAGCCUGGAAUUUGCUGGAAGGCGCGUCCCCGCUCACAUCCCCACUGGUGACGGCGGCAACAGCAGCGGCACUCGAGUUGACAUGAGUGUCACCGCGAGGGUGGAAGCCCACAUUGCAGCACACUCGGUGGUACUCCGCGUAGAUGGGAGAGUGAAAGAUGCCGUCGUAGAAUUCGCGCACGCUUGGGCACCGCGCCUCGCUGCCAGCCACACCUUCACCAGGCGCCAUGCUGCCUGAGUCUUGGACGUCUUGUCGCCAAAUGACGGCUUCAAGCCAAGUCGGUGAUGCAUGAAAAGAGCACGUCUAUGCGACUCGACAUCUGAGUAAUCAGAUCUGAGUCUACUUAGAAAGAUAUAUUUUUAAAAUAUAAAUUAUGGGAAA